GACAAGUUUUAUUCACUUAUUAUUUUAGGUGGUAGAUCAUUGGGUCUCUUGUCUAAGGACGUGAGCGCGAGCUGGCGCAGCGCUUCAUGAGUUUCGCAGGUGGUCUUGACACGACCAACCACAAAAAAAACCAACGCCAGGACGGCGUGUUCUAUCAGCCGCGAUCCCGAUCAAGCCGUGUCUACAUUGCACCUCUCGGCAUCGGAACAGUGGCUCUCUCGACACUGAAUCAUACAUCAGUGGAGAAGCACAUCUAAUCCGGAUCUUGGCCAAGAGUGGUCUCGACUGCUCAGCCAGGGGAGCGCGAGUGUCCUGUGGUGAGCAUCCCGACGAUGGGAAAGAAAUAUAGAUCUUUCCUAGGGCGUAUAGGAAGGCCUGUCGGUAUGGGACGCGUAGUCCGGCUCUUGC